ACAAAACACCCAUGAGGCCAACACAUGAUGACUGCAUUAUAUGCAAUUCAUUAUUAUAACUCAUUCAAACCUAUAAAUAGCACAUUCAUAGAGAGACUAGUCUGAUUAGAGCAGAGGAAUACAAAUAGUGUCAGAAUUCAAACUAAAUCUAUACCUCUGCAAGACUGCAACUUUAUUUAAAACCAAUGGAGAAAGAUGCAGAAAAAGUGGCAGAGAAUUCCAAGAAAACAGAACAAGCAACAAAUCAUCAACAAGAAACUGACCCAGAGAGCAAUUCUCUCCAACAGCCACUUUUAAAGAGAAAUACAACUCUUUCUUCAAGUCCAUUAGCUCUCAUUGGCACCAAAGUUUCCUAUAUCGAAAGCUUGGAUUAUGAGAUCAAUGAGAAUGAUCUGUUCAAGCAUGACUGGAGAACCAGAUCACAAGCUCAAGUGUUGCAGUAUGUAUUCCUUAAAUGGUUAUUUGCUUUCUUGGUUGGGCUUUUGACAGGUGUCAUAGCCACUCUCAUCAAUUUGGCUGUUGAGAACAUUGCAGGAUACAAAUUACUUGCUGUAGUCCAGUAUAUAGAUGAUAAGAGAUACAUGAUGGGGUUCUUGUUCAUGACUGGGGUGAAUUUCAUUUUGACACUAAGCGCAACUCUUCUAGUUGUGUUUUUUGCACCAACUGCAGCUGGUCCUGGCAUUCCUGAAAUUAAAGCUUAUUUAAAUGGUGUUGACACUCCAAAUAUGUAUGGUGCCAGCACAAUGUUUGUUAAGAUCAUUGGAAGCAUAGGGGCAGUGGCUGCAGGGUUGGAUCUAGGAAAAGAAGGUCCUCUGGUUCACAUUGGUGCCUGCAUUGCUUCUUUACUAGGUCAAGGUGGCCCGGACAACUACCGACUCAAAUGGAAGUGGAUUCGUUACUUCAACAAUGAUCGUGAUCGAAGAGAUCUCAUCACUUGUGGGGCAUCUUCAGGGGUAUGUGCCGCUUUUCGGGCCCCAGUUGGGGGUGUGCUUUUUGCGCUUGAGGAAGUGGCAACAUGGUGGAGAAGUGCUCUUUUGUGGAGAACUUUUUUCAGCACAGCAGUUGUGGUGGUUGUGCUUAGAGCUUUCAUGGAGUACUGCAAAUCUGGAAACUGUGGCCUUUUCGGUGAAGGUGGGCUGAUCAUGUUUGAUGUAAGUGGUGAUUCAGUGAAAUACCAUGUUAUUGAUCUCAUCCCUAUCACUGUUAUUGGAAUCAUUGGUGGAGUUUUAGGAAGCUUGUAUAAUUACCUACUUCACAAGGUCCUCCGUCUUUACAAUCUCAUUAACGAGAAAGGGAAAUUAGCGAAAAUCUUACUGAGCCUCUCAGUCUCAUUGUUCACAUCUGCAUGCCUAUAUGGACUUCCAUUUCUCGCCAGCUGCAAACCAUGUGAUCCAUCCAUGGUGGAUUCCGUAUGCCCAACUACAGGAAGAAUGGGAAACUUCAAGCAAUUUAACUGCCCGAAAGGACAUUACAACGACCUUGCGACUCUCCUGCUGACAACAAAUGAUGAUGCAGUACGCAACAUCUUCUCCACCAACACUCCCAGUGAAUACAAUGUAUUUUCCUUGGUCAUUUUCUUUGCACUUUAUUGUGUAUUGGGACUCGUCACAUUUGGUAUUGCAGUCCCCUCUGGUCUCUUCCUCCCUAUCAUCCUCAUGGGCUCAGCUUAUGGCCGUCUGCUUGGCAUGGCAAUGGGAUCCUACACAACCAUUGACCAAGGUCUGUUUGCCGUUCUUGGUGCAGCUUCAUUAAUGGCGGGUUCCAUGAGGAUGACGGUUUCCCUUUGUGUGAUAUUUCUCGAGUUGACUAAUAACCUUCUUUUACUCCCUAUAACAAUGCUUGUCCUACUAAUUUCCAAAAGCGUUGGAGAUUGUUUCAACCCAAGCAUAUACGAAAUCAUACUAGACCUUAAAGGGUUACCAUUCUUGGAAGCUCACCCUGAGCCAUGGAUGAGAAAUAUAAACGUCGGUGAGCUAGCCGACAUCAAACCACCAGUGGUUACCCUAUCUGGAAUUGAGAAAGUGGGUCGAAUAGUUGACGUUUUGAGAAACACUACACACAAUGCUUUUGCAGUUGUAGAUAAUGUAUUGGUGCCAAGUGUGGGUCAGGUAAGUGAAGUGCAUGGGCUUGUUUUGAGGGCUCACCUAUUGUUAAUACUGAAGAAGAAAUGGUUCUUACAAGAGAGAAGGAGAACAGAAGAGUGGGAAGUUAGAGAAAAGUUUACAUGGGUUGAUGUGGCGGAAAGGUGGGGAACGAUUGAGGAGGUUGCGGUGACAAAAGAAGAAAUGGAAAUGUAUGUAGACUUGCAUCCGAUUACCAACACAACACCUUAUACAGUAGUGGAAACCAUGUCGGUUGCCAAGGCAUUGGUGCAAUUUAGACAAGUGGGGCUUCGGCACAUGCUUGUUUUACCAAAAUACAACGGGGGCGGGGUGCCACCAGUGGUCGGGAUCUUGACAAGGCAAGACUUGAGAGCCCAUAACAUUUUGACUGCAUUUCCACAUCUUGAAAAAUCCCAUGGGAGUAAAAAGGGUCGCUAAAAAUGGCAGUGAAGCAGAUCGGUUGAUAUGUCCGUGUACUUUCUAGUACCAAUUUUGUAUUCUUUGAUCAAACUUAAAGAAGGUACCAUACGAAUGUAAAAUGUCUCCAUUAGUAACAUUAAAAGAUUGCGUUGUUCAGCCCAUUAUACAUCAAAUAAGUUAUUCUUGUAAUCUUAUAAAUUUUGCAGUCAGUUAUUUUUAGCUAACAUCUUUUGCGUUUGACA